AAGGCGGGGCGCCUGCAAUUUUUUAUGCUAACCAAAUGAAACGCUGAAAUUUGUAAACAGAACUGCGAAACGUUUAUCGCUAAUCCCAUGAGUGUUCAUUCCUAACAAAAAAUGCAUAUGAUAAGAUCGGUAGAUGUGGGACAAGGCUUAUUGAACGCGGAUUCCAACUGGAAGAAGACUUGAGCUGUGCUUUAACUUCAAGAGAAGUCUUCCUCGUGUAUUUAACCACAAACCUAUUUUUCUUUUCAAGUAAACGUGCUGCGGGUAACAAUAUGCUAUGAGUGAAAAUUCCUCUUUGAAUCCGGUACCGGUUGAGCAGGCGGUUCUAGAGACUUUCUUCUCUCAGCUUGGCAUAUUCUCGUAUGACAGAGCCAAAGACUAUGUGGAGAAGGAGAAAGAGAGCAGCAAGAGUGCCGGGGCGAGCUGGUCCUCCUUGCUGGCUGCCCUGGCACACCUCGCUGCUGCGGAGAAGGCCUAUCACAACAUGACAUUUUUGGGACAGAAAUUGGGUGGUCAGUCAUUUUUCAGUCGAAAGGAUUCCAUUAGGACAAUCUACACCUCACUUCAUAAUGAACUGAAGAAAGUGGUGACAAUUGGCCGCAAUGCAGUGGGAGGAACGGCACCCUGCCUAGAAGAGCUUCUCUCUCAUCUCUCAGAGCAGUUGUGCUUCUUUAUUCAGGCUCGCAUGGAAAUAGCAGAUUUCUAUGAAAAGAUGUACUCUCUUACCAAUCAGAAAUCUAUCCACUCAGAAGAGCUUGUGAACACGCUAGAAUCAGUUCUGCAGAAGUACAGCUCAAGAUUUCAUCAUCCCAUCCUUAGUCCCCUGGAAAGCAGUUUUCAGUUGGAGGUGGAUGUUCUGACUCAGCUUCUCAAGUGUCAAGCUCAGAUAUCUGAAUGGAAAUUCUUACCAUCACUUCUUAACUUGCACAGUGCUCACUCUAAGUUACACAGCUGGGGCCAAAUCUUUGAGAAACAGCGCGAGACCAGAAAGCAUCUAUUUGGUGGCCAAGUGCAGAAAGCUGUACAGCCUCCACAUCUUUUUCUGUGGCUUGUCAAACUCAAAAAUGUUCUGUUAGCCAAAUUCAGCUUUUAUUUUCAUGAGGCCCUCAGUCGACAAACAACACCCUCUGAAAUGAAGACAUUGACAGCUAAAACAAGCCCAGAUUAUUUUGGCAAGAUUUCUAGUUUUAUUCGAAAGUAUGAUGCUAUCAACGUCUCACUUAUAUUUGAUAACCGUGGUUCAGAGAGUUUCCAUGGACAUGGUUAUCACCACCCUCAUUCUUAUAGGGAAGCACCAAAGGGUGUGGACCAAUAUCCUGCUGUAGUGUCCCUACCUGGUGAUCGUCCUGUAAUGCACUGGCCUAAUGUCAUUAUGAUAAUGAAUGACCGCGCUGCUGACCUCAAUAUGCUUGACAAGGUAGUGCAUUUCUAUGAUGAUAAGGUCCAAAGUACUUACUAUCUGACACGCCCAGAGCCACACUUUACUAUUAUAAUUAUCUUUGAAGCAAAAAAGUCUGAGAAAGACACUCACUUUGUCUCCUUUCUGCAGGAGCUUUCAGGAUCUCUCAGAAAUUCCAAAUCAUUUGUAAGCUUGAAGCCGGGUUCAAAAGGUUGACUGUGCAGAGAAUUGCUCUAUUAUAAUGUGAGUCACAAGUUUAGCAGUAUCUGAAAUCUUAAGAAUAUUUAUAAUAAUGUUCUGCUUAAAUUGUUUUGUUUUAUGCCAAUAAAAGAGCAAUUAUGAUUGA